AUGCCCUCCUCUCUGGAAUCUCUCGACUCACAAAUUUCCUCCCUCCUCUCGGAUUGGUCUAUCACCACCACCAUUCUCGCACUCCUCCUCGCUGGAACGCUCUUCUACCCACUACUCCUCAAUUCCGAACCGGACACACAUCCCCUCCUUCUCGCCCGCCAAUCAAGCGCUUCGCCCGUGCGUAACAAGGGCGAAUCGGCUGUCUAUCGAUCACCCGAAACGCCUCACGGCUACCCAUUACGAACGGGAUUGAACGUGAAGGACGCCGGAGCUCCAAGAUGGAGUCCUGGGAAAGAUGGCGAUCUGAGAGAUGUGUGGAGGGAAGUGCAGAGGGGUGGUAGUCAAGGCGCGGAUGGCAAGGAAGUGUCAGCAGGGUUGAUCAUGAGUGUUUUUGGAAAGGAAGAGAUUGUGGAGCAUGAUAUCGGAGAGAUGAGCAAGGAGAUCAAUAUUAUUGGGGCGCAUCUGAAGAAGAGUGGUGCGAAGGCAGUUGCCAUCUACUUACCUAACAGCGUGGAAUACUUGCAGACCUUAUUUGGUGGGUGUGAAGGCGACGCGGCACUUGAAGAAUGCGCUGACAUGGAUGCACAGCUUGUGCGUUCUAUGGGCUUUCGCCAGUCCUGCUACCUUUCAACCUUCCUCACCCGAAGCUCUACGAGCUUUUGAAAGCCACUGGUGCAGAUGGACUGGUCUGCCAAGCUGGAACGGUGCCUCUGGACGACCUUGCAGAAGAAGUGAAGAGCUUGAGAUCACUGAUUUGGGUCGUUGAGAGAACAAGCAGACACAUGGACUGGAACGGCGUGCCGGAAGGUGCCGAAGGGCGCCUCUCCGUAGGUGUGUGGCACGAUGUGGUGGACGAGAGUAUGAAGAAUGCAAGCGCCGAGGUUCCAAGCAACGAGAGCGGAGACACCCCACGCGAGCUCAUUACUGUCUGGCAGUCUACCACUCUGACUUCAAAGCCGGAGAUUGUGUCAUUCAGUCAAGAGAACAUUGUUGCAGCAGUUGGAGCACUUAUCUCGGCCAUUCCAUUACGGCAGCGUUUCAGCUCAGCGGACCUGAUCCUCCCUGCGGACAGCUUCACGCAUACCUAUGUUCUUAGCCAGACUCUGGCUGCACUCUUCACACACGCAAGCCUCGCUAUUAACAGCGUCGCAGCGCCCGGGAUCGAUCUUGAGCUGGCUCGACGGGGAGUUGCGCCGACCGUUAUCAUCGCAAGCGCUGAAACACUGGCGCAGCUGCAUCAGAAGGAGACUGCCGGAAUCAGCUCCGGCCUCCAAAGAAUUGGCAAGUACACACAGGAUCAGACGGUAUCGGCUGGCCGUAUGCCCACGGACGGGAUCCUUUUCAAGCUGCUUGCGCCUUCAUCGGCCAACACGCAACCUGGAAAGCUCCGAUUGAUUCUGACGUCGGAACGUCUUGGUGCCGGAUCGCCGGCUUUGUCUUCAACGAUGCUCUCCGACUUGCGCAUCUUCACUCGUAGCCGCAUCAUCUAUGCGCUGACAACAGCUAAGGUUGCUGGUGCCGUCGCGCAGACCAACGUCUUUGAUUAUCGACGCGAUGACGGCACUGAGCAUUCGCAUUUCGGCAUACCUCUGAGCAGUGUGGAAGUGAAGCUGCUCAGCAGCGGGAACGACGAGGCGGUGGCUGCGCAGGAGCCCAAGGGCGCGCUCUGGGUCGGCGGACCAGCCGUGAGCGGUAGCGAAGUCAAGCUCCCCGUACAAGGUCGGAUACGGGAAGACUGUACACUCGCUUUCGCGUGA